AUGUCUGGAUUGUUAUACAUUUGUGAUUAUGGAAAUGAAUCUGAAUCAUCUGAUGAUUGUGAAAUCGAGAACAAUAAGUCAGACUUAAAGCCAAAACUCCCAGCGCCUAAUCUUAGUAAUAUUGUCACAGUAUUAGAAGAAAACCACAUUGAUAACCCUGAACUAUACCAAGGACGUUUAAGACGAUUUCCACAUGUGAGGGGUAAUUGGGCUACAUUCAUUUAUAUAAAAUAUCCAGAUGAAAAAUCUUUAUUACUAUUAGCAAAUAACUUGAAAACCUUAUUGGUGGAUUUUAAAGGCACUUGUCAUAUUUGUGAAGAUUUCCAUUUGAGCUUAUCGAAAACAGUAGUUUUGAACUAUCACACUAUUGCAUUAUUUACACAAAGCUUAAAGGAGGCCUUAAAUGAUUCUGAAAGAUUUUUUUUGGGAUUUCAUAACAUAGAAGUCUUUUGUAACGAAGAGAAAACGCGCACGUUUAUUGCGCUUAAAGCCGAUUAUUUCAGUAAGAAGAGUUUGUUGCCUAUACUUAAUAAGAUUAAUGAUAUACUUGGUGAAUUCAAAUUGGAAAAAUUCUAUGAACACCCAUCAUUCCAUAUAAGUCUUUUGUGGGUUAAUGGUGAUGAAAGAGAAAAUUUAAGAGCAAUCUUGGGAAAUUUUGAGAGCAGUCUAAAUCAAGAAGUUGAAAAGACAUUAGAAGAAUCCGUAUUAAUUGAAAAAGUGUGUUGUGACCCCCGUGGCCCGAACAGUUCAAUACAGAGUGGGCCACCGGUGGGCCCCAUGGCCCAAAUAACUAAGUGCGAUUAUCUGCUCGAAGUU